AUGCCGGACAGAGACAAAGCGGCGGUGGAAGAACAGCAUCACGUGGUUUACGCCGGUGCCGUGUUGAUUCCGUUCUGCGUCGGGAGUGUAGCACUGCCGCUCUCGCUGUGUCGAUCUUUCCCGCCAGCGUCUGCGACGACAGCAGCGGCAGCAUCCACCGCGGCUCAACCAGCCUCGGCGUCGACAACGUCGCGCGGCGCAAAGCAGCAACAGCAGCAGCGAAGGCGACGGAAAGACGGCAGCCACCAAGCUGAAACACACGAAGAAGUUGACGGUGAAGACCCGCACGACUACAACGAAGGCAUCAGUCGAUGCACACACAUAAGAUACAGCUACCUGCGGGAUGGAGCCAUUGCUGCACAGGAUCUGGCAUACCGCCGCGCAUGGUACAUUGGUAGCACCAGCAGCGCUGGUGGUGCUGGUGGGCUCUCCUCCACUGCAGCGGAGAUGGAAAAGGAGGAGGGUGACAAUGCAGCAGUGACUUCUGCGUCCCCGCUCUACGCGCUCGUUGAACGUGUCGUGUUUAAACUCCCUAACAGCUUUCCAGAGCCACGGCGUGAGUUGACUCACCCACCUUUCUUCGUCGUGGACGACACUUGGGCGGAGCAUAUGGUAGAACUGGAGGUGCACUUUCGCCCCCACCUCGGCAUCGCACCCUUUACUGUGACUCACAUGGUACCGCUGCAGAGACGCGCAGACAUACCACCUCAACUGCUGAGCUCUACCUUUGGGCAAAGCAAGCCAGCACCAACUGUCAUUCUACCGCCCUCUGACCUGACAGCAGCCUCGUUGUCAUCAUCGGCGGGAGCGGUGGUGCAACCGCGUCCAAAGCGACGUGAUGUCUUGCGGAGUGAAGGUCAUCCUGCUGCCGCUGGCGAUGGUGACGAUGGCGGCAACGCUACGACCGAGGGUGGUGUCACUGGGGAGAACGGGAUUUGCAUCACUGUCAAGAACCUGGAGGAUGUGUUCAUCUUCGCGGAGCGACGGGACGCAAUACGUGUCUUCCACCCCACACCAAGGGUUUUGAAGUAUUUAUCGUCAGUACGGGCAAUGCCGCAGCCAAGGUUGGAGGAGCCACCGCCUUUCUGCGCUUUUCCAGGGCAGAUAGUAGUGCCGAUGGAUGUACACCUGAGCAAAAUGGAGGGCGCUGGUGAUGGUGCGCAUCACAGUGGAGUGAAGCGCCGUCGGUCCGGUGAUGACGACAGCAACACCGACAAAGACAGCGGUGAUGGUAUUGGAAACAACAAUCUGGCGAAAAUCUCUGGUGGGAAUCUUCUCCCAGCCUGGUGCUUUCCGUUCGAGGGUAUCGUGCACGCUCUUGAGCCAAAACGGCAGGACGGGGCCGUCGACGCGAUGCGUGCUGUGCUCGACGCGUUGCGGAAGGAACAGGUGGAGCUGCGGGAGAGCAUCGAGCAGAGGAUCAGCUCUGCAAACGCCAAUGGGGAGAAACUGCGAGACGUCAUUCAGCGCAUGAGGGACACCUGCGCAUUGUUGAGGGAGCCGGAGAGACAAUGA